UAUCGUGACUUUUGUUUGAUUGUGCUUGAAUUCCGCCUGAUUACCUUCGCUCUUGGAGAAAAAGCUCUGCGGAAGCCCUAAUAUACGACAAGACAUGGCCGCUUCUUUAGGGCCGAGUGACGCUGUCUCUGCCAACCUGUCAGCAUUUCCUGACCUUACAUUUUCUGAGGUUGAAGCGUAUGCCCAGAAAGAAUCUGGCUGCAGGCACACAAUCAAAGGCUAUAAGUUUUUCGCUGAACCUGGAUAUUUACACGAUGUGAAAGUAUCUUACGAGCAGGGUUCUGCCAACAUUACUGCCAAGUGCCAUCGGUCAAUGAGAAAGAGUGAACUCCCUCAUCAACUCUACGUAAUUGUUGUAGUUGACUCAAAAGCCAUUUCUGGAAAGUGCUCUUGUGUGGCAGGCCUUGGGGGCUAUUGCAAUCAUGUUGUUGGCCUCCUGUAUUAUUUGGCACAUUGCAAGCAACUGGGCUUUUCUUCUCUUCCAGACGACUUAACAUGUACGAGCAUGAAAGAGAGGUGGAGCAUUCCAAGAGAACGCAAAAUUGGAAAUCAAGAAGUCCAAAGUGUCUUGGUCAAGAAACCACGGCCUGGGGCUAACUAUGACCGAUAUAUAAAAAACACUCUGUAUUCACCAGCCAGGCAAUACAGAGUACUUGAUGAGAGCCACUACAACAGUGUUGAGCCAAAACCACUCAUAGCAACAAUAGCUCCUAGAGUUAAUGCUCCUUUACAACUGGUAUCUACCAAAUUUGGUCAUGCUGUGAAGGGAAGUGUAAUAUCCUAUCAACAGAAGCUAUCUGAGGAGUACUUGAUAAACAACUACUCCUGUACCUCUUUCCCAGAGUUGCCUCUUCCAAGUGCUGAGAUGCGAUUUGAAAAUGAUGUGUCUAUGUGUCUCCAGCAAGACAAGCUUACUUCAUUGGGUGUGUUGAGUCUCUCCAGGCAAACUGCCAUUGAAGUGGAGGAAAAAACAAGGGCACAAAGUCAGAGUGGUCUUUGGACAAUGUUAAGGAACAAAAGGAUCACAGCUAGUAAAUUUGGACAAGUUGCCAAAAGAAAAAGCAACUUCGACAACCUAGUUAGGCAAAUUAACCCAUCAAGACAUGUGGUUACAGCACCUAUGCAGAGAGGCUUAGAUUUGGAACCCCAGGCUGCAUUUAUUUAUGCCAGCAAAGCCAAGCAAAACCAAGUGAAUCUCUUCCCAUCAGGGCUGGUGAUAAAUCCAAAAUGUCCAUGGUUGGGAUGCACCCCUGACAGCAAAGUGUUUGAUUUGGGUGUUGAAGAGCAAGGCCUUUCACCUUUUGGCCUUUUGGAGAUAAAGGUUGUUAAAGAAGGUGCAACUGACUUUGAGAAUGUGGCCUAUCUUACAAAGGACAACGAUUCCAAUGUCCUCAAGCUUAAAAGAAAUCAUGACUAUCAUUAUCAGGUCCAAUGUCAGUUGGCAUUAACUGGCCUUGAGUGGUGUGAUUUUUUCAGUUACAUCAACGACACUACCUUUUUCUGUGAAAGAAUUAUGUUUGAUCCCAUCUUUUUUCAAACUGCAAAAGACAGAGUUGAUUAUUUUUUCUUUACCUAUUUCCUGUGAAGUUCACAGUAACCAUUACAAUAACAGCUGUAUUUAUUGCUAUGAAUUUCCUUGUUAUAAAGUUCACACAAUGUGAGUACACAGUCAGUGCAACCUAAUAUGUACAAAUUCUUUAUUUAAUGAUUCCUGGCUAUGAUUGAAUUUAUUAUAUACUGAACAUUUAGUUGUUAGUGGUAUCACUGUCAUCUGUGUCUUUGAUCAGUGCACCUUGAAAGUUAGUCAACAAACAGGCAACUGUAUACAGUUGAUUGACAGAUCCCAGUAUAGACAAUGAGAUGUCAGAGUCAAAUAUAUGAAAUUCCUUUAUCCUU